UUUAAACCAACGAACGUUAUCAGACCUCUUUUAACUCCUUCGUCACACACUCACUAACUCACUAAUUAGUCCUCGUCUCACCCAACAAGAUUUUAAAGUGUCGGAACACCGAGGUCUGCUUCAGACACCUCAAAUGGUCAAACAAGGUUCCCAGUUCUCCAUUGAACUGCUACCCUCAAUGUGAAGCACCUAGGUGAAGGAUGAGCAAGCUUUCUCAGGGAGAGGGAGCUGCUUCCAGCAGGUUGAACCACUGGGUGGAUCCGUCCUUCACUGAUUUUCCAGAUGAUAGUUUUUCUCUGCGUGGAGGGAGAAAGGGCAGCCAGGUUUUGUGCUCCAAGGCUGAGCCCAAGAGGCCCAGGAAGAGGAAAGGAGAGGCCGGCGGCUCAGACCCUCACACGUCCUACCUGCUGAAAGCGUCAGCCCAGAGGGACCAAGAUGAGCCCUGGGUGGACAGAUACUCGCCCUGUUCACAGGGUGAGCUUGCUGUGCACAAGAAGAAGAUCGAGGAAGUGGAGAACUGGAUGAGAGUUCACACAAACACAUCACAGGGUGGCAUCUUGCUGCUGAUGGGACCAUCAGGCUGUGGAAAGACUGCCACAGUCCAGGUUUUGUCUCAGGAAUUGGGCCUCAGGGUUCAGGAGUGGACCAACCCCACCAACCUGGAGCCAUACAGCAGCAGUCAGCAUGAAUGGAGGACGAACGGCUUGUCCUGCAGCUCCCAGUUAGCUCAGUUCCAGGACUUCCUCCUCAGAGCCAACAAGUACAACUGCCUGAAGAUGGCGGGUGAUGGAGGAGCUACAGACAGGAAGCUCAUACUGGUGGAGGAUUUCCCAAACCAGUUCUACAGGCAGCCUGGCAGCCUGCAUGAUAUCCUGAGGCACUUUGUGAAGACCAGUCGACGUCCCCUGGUGUUUAUAGUGUCCGACAGUCUGAGUGGAGACAGCAGCUCACGCUUUCUCUUUCCCAGAGAGAUCCAGGAGGAGCUGGGCAUCAGCAGCAUCAGUUUUAAUCCAGUGGCUCCUACCACCAUGAUGAAAGUCCUGACUCGAAUUUCCACCCUGGAGACAGAAAAGAGCUGUGGGAGGAUGUGCGCCCUAGACCAGGAAGUGUUGGAGACACUGUGUUCAGGAAGCUCAGGAGAUAUUCGCAGUGCCAUCAACAGCCUCCAGUUUUCUUCCCUCCCAGACACAUCGUUGGGAAAGGGGUUGUGGAGGAUGAGGAAAGACAGACCUUUGGGGAAGGCUAUUUCCAAGGUGAACCAGAGGAGGAAGAAGUCCAAACAGACCAAGGAGCAGGAAGGAGAGCAGGCUAUUGGGGGGAAAGAUGCUUCUCUGUUCCUGUUCAGAGCACUGGGAAAGAUCCUGCACUGCAAACGAGGGAAUCAUGAAGGUGCUGAAUGUGCCCCUGGACUUGGUCUACCGUCUCACCUGUCUCAUCAUCAUAGAGAAACACUACUAGUGGACCCUGAGGUGGUUGUUGAGCGUUCACACAUGUCUGGAGAGUUCUUCAACCUGUACCUCCACCAGAAUUACCUGGACUUCUUCUCUGAGGUGGAGGAUGUGGAACGGGCCAGCGAGUAUCUGUCUGAUGCUGACCUCCUUACUGCUGAUUGGACGUGUCGCAGCACCAUGGGGGAUUAUGGGUCGUCAGUGGCCACCAGGGGGCUCCUUCACUCCAAUGCUCAACAUGUUUCUGUUGGCUUCAGACCGCUGCACAAACCCAACUGGCUGCUGGUCAACAAGAAGCACCGGGAGAACUGCCUGGCUGCCCAGUCCCUGUUCAGGAGCUUCUGUCUAACACCAGUCAGCCUGCAGACUGAGCUGCUGCCAUACCUGGCCAAACUCACCAACCCAAUGAGGAAUCAAGUUCAGAUAGCUUUUAUCCAGGACGUGGGUCAGAUGUCACUGAGGAAAUUCCCUGGCAGGUUAAGACUGGAGGCUCUGACAGACAAAGAGCCGGGCCAGCUGGAGAUAGAUAGUGGGGAGGAAGAGGAGGAAAAAGAGGAAGGUUGUGUUGAGGACAGUCUGCCUGCCAGUCAGCCCCAACCUACUACAAGCCAGGUCCUUUUGGAGGCGGAGGACCUGAUCAUAGAGGAAUAUACCAGCGAAUAACACGUGGCUCUGUCAUACCGUGACGCUGUUUCAUUGUCAGGUUUUUUUAUUGUAUGAGUUUUGGGUUAGUAUGGAGGAAGAUUAGUGUCACACGAACCAACACAAUGAGAUUAGAGACUCUUUUUUUGACAUGUAAGAAAAAAGAAAAAAGAAAAAAACUGUUAAAAAGAUGAUAUACUUUCUGAAAUUCUGACUUUAAUCUUGAACUCCAAUGAUCCUCCACGUGGUGCUAACCAAAGGUGGGUUAAUGUGUUGCUGACUGUGUGAUGCUUCAGGUAUUACCAGUAUUGUUGCCUCAUCUUGUGUUGUCUGUACAAGAUAUGAUCAUUUCUCAAGCAAGCUUGUUGCCUCGUGGAACCUGAACAGAGUUUGAUUCUGUAGCUCGACAGGCCCAGAGUACCAGGAGCAUGUGGAUUCGUUGUGGGGAAAUUGUCAGUAUUUAUUAGUUGAAAGUGCAUGUUCAGCACUUGUUUUUGCACUUGGCAUCUUUUUGGUUUUGCUGAGUGACUGCUGAGCCUGGAUGAACCUGUCAUGGAGGACUUUGCAGGAACAAGCCAGGCCUGUCGCUAUCUUUUUUACAGUUUCCCAUGGCUGGAAAAUAAGAAAUAUUAUGAGAAUGUAUGUAUGUGAAUAAAAUAGUGUGUGAAAAGUUCA